CAGGGCCUGUCGGGGCCUGGGUUUCACCGCCGCACAUGGGGCAGCGCGCGGUGAGCUGAGGCCCCCGGAGGCUCUGGGCGCCGAAUCUCACCCGCGGCCACGGCCAAAGCCGGGGGUGAUUUUCAACCAACGCCGGUCUCGAAGACCACCAGCGGGAUGCCAGUGGUCAACGCGGCAAGACCUACCUAAGUGAAGAGAAGAGCGCAAUGGAGGCGCGGGCGUUUAUAGUCGCUUUUCGGGUGACGUAGAUUCCCGGGCCGCGGCUGGGGACCGACAGGCAGGAGCACUCAGAGCCCGGUGAGGGCGGGGCACCGCGGAGCCAAUCACAGGUUGUCUUAUAGGAGCUCGGCCCGCUCCCGCUUGGGGCGGGGCUGCGGAGAUCUCGCGGCGCUUGGCGUGCUAUAAAAGCUGCUUCUCGGUAGGCCUCGUUCUUCUUUUCCGACAAAACACCAAAUGGCGGAUGACGCCGGUGCAGCGGGGGGGCCCGGAGGCCCUGGUGGCCCUGGGAUGGGGAACCGCGGUGGCUUCCGCGGAGGUUUCGGCAGUGGCAUCCGGGGCCGGGGUCGCGGCCGUGGACGGGGCCGGGGCCGAGGCCGCGGAGCUCGCGGAGGCAAGGCCGAGGAUAAGGAGUGGAUGCCCGUCACCAAGUUGGGCCGCUUGGUCAAGGACAUGAAGAUCAAGUCCCUGGAGGAGAUCUAUCUCUUCUCCCUGCCCAUUAAGGAAUCAGAGAUCAUUGAUUUCUUCCUGGGGGCCUCUCUCAAGGAUGAGGUUUUGAAGAUCAUGCCAGUGCAGAAGCAGACCCGUGCCGGCCAGCGCACCAGGUUCAAGGCGUUUGUUGCUAUCGGGGACUACAAUGGCCACGUCGGUCUGGGUGUUAAGUGCUCCAAGGAGGUGGCCACUGCCAUUCGUGGGGCCAUCAUCCUGGCCAAACUCUCCAUCGUCCCCGUGCGCAGAGGCUACUGGGGGAACAAGAUUGGCAAGCCCCACACUGUCCCUUGCAAGGUGACAGGCCGCUGCGGCUCUGUGCUGGUACGCCUCAUCCCUGCACCCAGGGGCACUGGCAUCGUCUCCGCACCUGUGCCUAAGAAGCUGCUCAUGAUGGCUGGUAUCGAUGACUGCUACACCUCAGCCCGGGGCUGCACUGCCACCCUGGGCAACUUCGCCAAGGCCACCUUUGAUGCCAUUUCUAAGACCUACAGCUACCUGACCCCCGACCUCUGGAAGGAGACUGUAUUUACCAAGUCUCCCUAUCAGGAAUUCACUGACCACCUCGUCAAGACCCACACCAGAGUCUCCGUGCAGCGGACUCAGGCUCCAGCUGUGGCUACAACAUAGGGUUUUUAUACAAGAAAAAUAAAGUGAAUUAAGCGUGUUACUGUU